AUCAUCAGCUGAGAAGAGGUGCAUGCCAUGCCUUGGAUUUGGGCCACACUUGCUCUGCUUCUUCUUUCCCAUUACCUCUUUCAAACAUGGCGAUUCAACAUCAAAAGCAAGGGCAAGAAAUUGCCUCCUGGCCCAAAAGGGUUUCCAAUUAUAGGCAGCCUCAAUUUGCUCAAACAGUUCCCUCACAGAGAUCUUCACCGAUUGUCCCAAAAACAUGGACCCAUCAUGCACAUGAAAUUGGGUCUUGUAAACACCAUUGUCGUGUCUUCCCCUGAAGCUGCAGAGCUCUUUUUGAAAACCCAUGACCUUGUUUUUGCAAGUAGACCACUCACUAUGGUCUCUAAGUUCUUAUCUUACGGCCAAAAGAACUUGGUUUUUGCUCAAUAUGGUUCAUAUUGGCGCAAUGUGCGCAAAAUGUGUACACUUGAAUUGCUUAGUACACAAAAGAUUAACUCUUUCAAGUCCAUGAGAAAGGAAGAGAUUGGAUUGGUGAUUGAGUGUCUAAAAAAGGCUGCAAAUGAUGGUGUUGCUGUUGAUCUUAGCUCUAAAGUUGUGUCUCUAAGCACAGACAUGACUUGUUUGAUGGUUUUUGGGAGGAAAUUUGGUGAUGAAGAGCUUGAUGAUAGGGGCUUCAAGGCUAUGAUCCAAGAGGUGAUGCAAUUAGUUGCUGCUCCUAACUUGGGUGAUUUUAUUCCUUUUAUUUCAACCUUUGAUCUUCAAGGGCUGACCCGUCGGAUGAAAAACGUCAGCCAAGUGUUUGAUGGUUUCUUUGAGAGAAUUAUUGAUGAGCAUCUCAAGUCUAAGUCCUUUGGUGAAAAAAGAACCAAGGACUUUUUAGAUGUCAUGUUGGAUUUAAUUGGCUCCGAAGAUACCGAAUAUCGGAUCGAUCGAUCUAGCGUCAAAGCUAUAAUAUUGGAUAUACUUGGUGCUGCAAUGGACACGUCAGCCACAGUAAUUGGAUGGGCACUACCUGAGCUCAUUAGGCAUCCAGAUGUAAUGAAGAGAGUGCAAGAUGAGCUAGAAGAUGUGGUUGGCUUGGAUAGAAUGGUAGAAGAAUCAGAUCUAAUUCACUUGGAAUAUUUAGAUAUGGUCAUCAAAGAGAUUCUUAGGUUGUAUCCACCCGUUCCAUUAUUAGUUCCUCAUGAAUCUCUUCAAGACUGCAUCGUUGGUGACUUUUUUAUCCCAAAAAAGUCACGUGUAAUAGUGAACGCAUGGGCCAUUGGACGAAAUCCAAAUGUUUGGGCUAAUCCAAAAAAGUUCUAUCCCGAGAGGUUUAAUGGUAGCCAAAUAGAUGUAAGAGGGAGAGAUUUUCAAUUAAUUCCAUUUGGAGCUGGUCGAAGAGGUUGCCCUGGAAUACAACUGGGUUUGACCGUGACUCGUUUGGUGGUAGCUCAACUUGUGCAUUGUUUUAAUUGGAAGCUUCCAAAUGGCAAGCUGCCAUUUGAAUUGGAUAUGACCGAAAAAUUUGGAUUAACUUGUUCCAUUGCUCGAGAUAUUAUAGUUACUCGUACCUACCGUUUGCGAGACUAAAGAUGUAUGAGCUUUGUCAUAGCUACGAACAUUAUAU